GGAGGUUCCACGUCACUCGUAAGUACUGGAGAAGCAAACUAGCCACGGAUGCGGAGAUAAAAGAAACGGGAAUAACAGCUACAACCUAAAGAUAUUUUGAUUGGAGUUUCUUACAAAGAAGAGGACCUGCCUGGCACCAUGACGGCCGCAGAAAAUGUGUGCUACACCCUUAUUAAUGUUCCAAAUGACUCAGAACCUCCAUCUGAGGUCAGCCUUAAGACUGAUCUAGAAAAGGGAGAGAUCAAGGCCAAGACGGAAGCACUGAAGAAAGUCAUCAUCAUGAUUCUGAAUGGGGAGAAGUUGCCGGGCCUUCUCAUGACCAUCAUUCGCUUUGUCCUCCCACUCCAAGACCAUACCAUCAAAAAGCUGCUGCUGGUCUUCUGGGAGAUUGUGCCCAAAACCACUCCUGAUGGCAAGCUUCUACAGGAGAUGAUCUUGGUCUGUGAUGCCUACAGAAAGGACCUCCAGCACCCUAACGAGUUCAUUCGCGGCUCCACUCUUCGCUUCCUGUGCAAGCUGAAGGAGGCUGAGCUGCUGGAGCCGCUCAUGCCUGCCAUCCGCGCCUGUCUGGAGCACCGCCACAGCUAUGUGCGCCGCAACGCUGUCCUGGCCAUUUACACUAUCUACAGAAAUUUUGAUCACCUGAUCCCAGAUGCUCCAGAACUGAUCCACGACUUUCUGGUGAAUGAAAAAGAUGCCAGUUGCAAGAGAAACGCUUUUAUGAUGUUGAUUCAUGCGGACCAGGACAGAGCACUGGAUUAUCUCAGUACAUGUAUUGACCAGGUGCAUACCUUUGGAGACAUUCUUCAGUUGGUCAUUGUGGAGCUGAUCUACAAGGUGUGCCACGCCAACCCUUCAGAGCGAGCCCGCUUCAUCCGUUGCAUUUAUAACCUGCUCCAGUCCUCCAGCCCUGCUGUGAAGUAUGAGGCCGCAGGGACACUCGUCACCCUCUCCAGCGCCCCCACUGCCGUCAAGGCUGCUGCGCAGUGCUACAUCGACCUGAUCAUCAAGGAGAGCGACAACAAUGUCAAGCUGAUUGUACUGGAUCGCCUGAUCGAGCUGAAGGAGCACCCCACUCAUGAGCGUGUUCUGCAGGACCUGGUGAUGGACAUCCUUAGAGUGCUGACCACUCCUGAUCUGGAGGUCCGGAAAAAGACCCUGCAGCUCGCCCUUGACCUCGUCUCGUCGCGGAAUGUUGAAGAGCUGGUCAUAGUGCUGAAGAAAGAAGUGAUAAAGACAAACAAUGUCACGGAGCACGAAGAUACCGACAAGUACAGACAGCUGCUGGUGCGCACCCUUCACUCCUGCAGUGUCCGUUUCCCUGACAUGGCUGCCAAUGUCAUCCCUGUGCUGAUGGAGUUCCUGAGUGACACUAAUGAGGCAGCUGCUGCAGAUGUGCUGGAGUUUGUGCGAGAGGCCAUCCAGAGGUUUGAGAGCCUGAGGCCUCUCAUCAUAGAGAAGAUGCUGGAAGUCUUCCACGCCAUCAAGACAGUCAAGAUCUACAGAGGAGCUCUCUGGAUCCUAGGAGAGUACUGCAGUACCAAAGAAGAUAUUCAGAGUGUGAUGACAGAGGUGCGGCGAUCAUUGGGAGAGAUCCCCAUAGUCGAGAAUGAGAUAAAGAAGGAGGCUGGGGAGGGGAAGCCAGAGGAGGAGGUCAGUGCUGCUCCGGCCCAGAAACUGGUGACUGAGAUGGGCACUUACGUCACACAGAGCGCCCUCAGCUCCUCGCGCCCCUCCAAGAAAGAAGAGGACAGGCCACCACUGAGAGGCUUCCUCAUGGAUGGAGACUUCUUUGUUGCUGCCUCGCUGGCAACCACCCUCACCAAAGUUGCCUUGCGAUACGUGGGCAUUGUCCCUGACAAGAAGAGGCAGAAUUCCUUUGUGGCCGAAGCUAUGCUCAUCAUGGCCACUAUCCUGCACCUGGGCAAGUCCUCGCUGCCCAAGAAGCACAUCACAGACGACGACGUGGAACGCAUCUCCCUUUGCCUGAAGGUGCUGUCCGAGCUCUCGCCGCUCAUGAACGACAUUUUCAACAAGGAGUGCCGGAAGUCGCUCUCGCACAUGCUGGCCGUGCGCCUGGAGGAGGAGAAGCUCUCACAGAAGAAAGAGUCUGAGAAGCGAAACGUGGUCGUGCAGGCGGACGACCCCAUCUCCUUCAUGCAGCUGACGGCCAAGAAUGAAAUUACCUCAAAAGAUGACCAAUUCCAGCUCAGCCUACUCGCCGCCAUGGGCAACACCCAGCGGAAGGAAGCAGCCGACCCCCUGGCCUCCAAACUCAACAAAGUCACUCAGCUGACUGGCUUCUCGGAUCCAGUGUAUGCGGAGGCUUAUGUCCAUGUCAACCAGUAUGACAUUGUCCUGGAUGUGCUGGUGGUUAACCAAACCAGCGACACCUUACAGAACUGCACCCUGGAGCUGGCCACACUUGGUGACCUUAAGCUUGUGGAGAAGCCGUCUCCUCUCACUCUUGCCCCCCAUGAUUUUGCCAACAUCAAGGCCAAUGUCAAAGUGGCAUCCACAGAAAAUGGCAUCAUAUUUGGAAACAUAGUGUACGACGUGUCGGGGGCAGCCAGCGACAGGAACUGCGUGGUCCUCAGUGACAUCCACAUCGACAUCAUGGACUACAUACAGCCAGCCUCCUGCACUGACGCAGAGUUCAGACAGAUGUGGGCCGAGUUUGAGUGGGAGAAUAAGGUGACCGUGAACACCAACGUCAGCGAGCUGAAUGAUUACCUGCUCCACAUCCUCAGCUCCACAAACAUGAAGUGCCUGACUCCAGAGAAGGCUCUGUCUGGCAUCUGUGGCUUCAUGGCUGCCAACCUGUAUGCCCGCUCCAUAUUUGGUGAGGAUGCUCUGGCAAACGUAAGCAUUGAGAAGCCUAUCCACCUGGGCCCAGAUGCACCAGUCAACGGACACAUCCGAAUCCGGGCCAAGAGCCAGGGCAUGGCUCUGAGUCUGGGUGACAAGAUCAAUCUGUCUCAGAAGAAGUCCAUGUCUUAGAGGUGAAGCUCAUCGGUGGCAUAAAUGACAGCUGGUGCAAUGCCUCCCCACACUGCUCCGUCUAACCUCUCUGUUCCCUCUGUAGUAGUACGUGUCUCUGUCUCCACUGGGCACAGUCAGUACCGGCUGUGUGCUCCUGUGGCCAGUGGUUGUCAGUCCUAUCAGAUAUUCAAUGCGUAAGGGGAUUAUUAUUUAGAUUUUCACAAAGCUAUGUGUAUGCUUUAUCAGACCUCCUUCCCCUCCCCCCUACGUCAGUCAUCAAGGGAUUGUCUUUGCUCGUCUGUAACUUUCAAUAAACACUGCAGAUUAUCCAUC